AUGGUGACACUGGUGACAGCGACAUCAGCUGUGAGGGCAGUAUGGUUGAGGAACUAUGGUAGUAGUGGUGACAGUAGCAGUGGUGAGGACAGCAAUGUCAUUGAAGGACUUAAGCGAUGGCAGCAGCAGCAGCAGCAAUUGGCUGGACGUCGACGGAAACAGGUGCCAUUCAGUGUCCCCAACUGGGGACAGUGGCAACAGCAUCAACAGGAGCUAUGCAGAGCCCUCCAGGGUGGCAAGCACAAGGUGGCAAUGGCGGCGGCGGCGGCUGCAGAGGCAGCGAUCCCUGGCCGCUCGGCUCCGCGCCGCGCCGCGCGCUCUCCGGGACAGCUGUUCGCCGCCUACGUCUGCCAGCCGAUGGGCGAGGGCGUGUCGGACGGGCCAUUCAGACUGGCGGUCCAGCUGACGUGGCAGGAGCACCGCACUCGAUAUGAAUGUUUAGAAUCAAACCACACAACAGCCCACUUGGCAGCGACCAAUACAUUUGGUCCGCGGCGGGUUCCAGCCGCGCCUUCCGACUUCGCUGCCGCCCCCAGGGCAGUAGCAGCAGCCGUCGCCGCUACCACGCCGACAGCCCGUCCCGUUGAUGCCUCCCGCGCAGCUUCAUCCGGGAGCGCCCCAGGUGGUCGCUCCGGCGCCUGCGGUCCCUCUUCAGUCGCCACCGCCUUCGGAGCUGAUGGACGUCGACCCCUCAGCCGGGCCGCCUUCCCAAGCGGUGGCUGUGCAGCCUGUCCUGCAGCCGCUUUCCUUGGGCACCCCCAAGGAGUCUGA